UGUUCGUUACGUACAACUGGUCGCGCUCUAAACGCUGACGCUGCGAUCAUUUGUUUAUGCAACAUAACUAACUUGAGCAACGGCUGGUCAAGUUCAAGGGACGAAGGGAUGGCGCGAACGAAAACAUCCGAGAUGUGCACUUGUGCGGAACGAAGAGUGGACUUUUCGGAACUGACUCACUGGGGAUUUGAAAUCUGAAGGGUAAAACAAACUGAAUUCACAAUGGAGAGUGGGGUGUUUCUGCCCUGUCGGGAUCAAUUCAUGUUGAGUCCUCUCGUCACGUGGGUGAAGACGUUUCUCCCACCUGAUGGCAGCGUCCACCUGGACUUUCCCGAAUUAAUGGAUGGAAUAUUCCUGAAUGACGUCAUGAACCAAAUAAACCCUCCGUCACCAAAGGCUGCCAACAAGGCGACCAGAGAUCCGAGCCAUAAAGUGAAGAACCUCAACUUCCUGGUGCAGCAGAUCAAGACUUAUUAUCUGGAUCAUCUGAGGCAACUGAUCAUGAUUCCUGUGCCGAAUGUGUCGCUGCUGACAAAGACUCCCUACUGUGAACAAGGUCUGGACGAGAUGAAAAAGCUUCUGCUGUUGCUGUUGGGAUGUGCUGUUCAGUGUGAAAAGAAGGAGGAGUACAUCGAGAGGAUUCAGACGCUAGACUUCGACACUAAAGCUGCCAUCGCUGUGCAUAUUCAGGAGCUGACCCACAGUCAGGAGAACAUGUUAGAUCUCCAGUGGUUGGAGUCCAGUGACUUGCACGCAGAUGAGCUUGAGACCCUGGCGAGGAACAUGGCUGUGCAGCUUAAACACCUGCUGGACCAAAGAGACGCCCAUCUGCAGACAAUAGUGGAGCUCACCCAGGAAAAAGAUGGUGUGGUCUCCUUGCUGGGAUGCCCAUCGAACCCACAGUGCUCUGGUUACUCCCCUGGCACGCAGCAACAGCAGCCAGGGACGCAGCAGCAUUUAGCUGUGGAGCUGGCUGACUUCAAGGCCAAAAUCAGACGGCUCAGGCAGGAGCUUGAGGAGAAGAACGAACAGAUGCUGGACUGCAGACAUGAACUGGAAAACAUGCGACUGGAGCUGAAGAGGAUCCAGCAAGAGAACUCCCAGCUUCUGGUGGACGCCCGAGCAGCUCGUACCUACCGGGAUGAACUGGAUUCUUUAAGAGAAAGAGCCAUCAAGGCGGACAAGUUGGAGAGUGAAGUGGGACGCUACAGGGAGCAGCUGCACAAGAUUGAGUUUUUCAAGGCCAAAGUGGAGGAGCUAAAGGAGGACAACCGGGUUUUACAAGAGACCAAAGAGGUGCUGGAGGACCAGUUGGAAGGCUGGCGAGCCCGCUCUGACAAAAUCCAUCAUCUGGAGAAGCAAAGUUUGUUGCUGAAGGCCCAGAUCCACGAUUUGGAGCAAGAGAGGGAAGCGGAUCGGAAGCGUAUUGAAGAGCUCCAGGAAGAAAACUUGUCUCUGUGUUUGGCUCAGAGGAGAAGCAUGGAAGAAUCCCAGCACCUCGGCUGGGAGUUGGAGCAGCUCUCCAAAACCACCGACAGCCCACAGAGUCACCAGACUCUAAGCGAGGAAGUGAGUGAGCGCGCACGAAGUCGGCUGCUGAAGCUUGAAAAAGAGAACCAGAGUCUGCUGAGGACCAUAGAGGAUCUCAGGGUGGCAUCCGUGCGCGGUUCAGAGCAGGCUAAAAGUGCCAACAACGGGAGGGAGUCGGUCUGCCCCGAGAGCCAAAGCUUCCACACAUGCAAUGGAACAAACCCUGAACUCAUGUUAGUAGCACCCUGCUCAGAAGGCAGCACACCCGAGACGAUGAACGGAGAUAUCAAAAACAGCCGGCAAGAGUGUCCGGACAUGAGACAGCUGGACGGUGGAAGUAGUUGUGAUCAUUUCCAAGAACUGAUAUCUGACGUGGAAAUUCUGGAACAAAGUCAAAACAGGCAUCAUCAUGGUUGUGUUGCAUCACAUGACUCCAGCUUCCCCAGGCACGACGAUGUGUUGCCAGCUCUGCCGACGCGCUACUGUUACGCCAACAAGCAAAUGCAAAGGCUGGAAGCCAAAUGUAGAAACCUGGAUUCACUGAAUCAGCAUCUUCAGACGUCACUGGACAACACUGAACGGAAGGUGCAGCACCUUGAAGCUGAAAUUCAGGAGCUGGAAGCAGAGAACCAGACCCUGCACUCCACGUUGGAGGAGCUCCGGGUGUCAGCACGGCGUCUUGAGCAAAUGGAAGUGGAGAAGCUGAACCUGGAGCAAGAAAACACAAGUCUGGAGAAGGAUAAAAGGCUGCUGGAGAAAGAGAACAGGCGACUGCGGCAGCAGACUGAAAUCCAGGAAGCCAAUUUAGACAGCAGAAACGUCUGCAUGACUGGCCUGGAGCGGGAGAUGCGUCUCCUCGUGAAGGAGGUAGAAUCAUUGAGAGAAACCGCUGAGCGAGUCAAAGGCCUGGAGAGAGACCACAGAGAACUGACCAAACAAGCUGCCAUCGACCAGAGAACCCUGGUCAACCUCAGAGAGGAGCUUGUUAGUGAGAAGCUGAAGACCCAACAGAAAGACAAUGAGUUGGAAAGUCUUGCUCAUCAGCUGGAGGUGAAGCUUGUCCACCAGGAGAGCAAACAGCAGCACAGCGCCACUGACAACAGGUUCAAGAUGCUGGAGUCUCAACUGGAACUUUCUCUGAAGAAGUCGCUUCAGAUUAAAGAGGACAAGAUGGCCUCUCUGGAGGCACGUCUGCAGGAGUCGUCCAAUCUGAACCAGCAGCUUCGCCAGGAGCUCAAGGCGGUGAGGCUGAGCUAUGAGGCUUUGCAGCAGCGGCAAGAGGAGGAGGAGACAGGGGCAACUAGGACUCCACCUCCAAAGGAGUCAGGACGAGCCAUGAGUGAGAUGCUGCGUGAAAGCCAUGAGGCCACCAAAGAACUAUUGAAACUGAAGGACCAUCUUAUUGAAGUGGAGAGGAACAAUGCCACUCUAGAAGCUGAACGCCAGGCAGUUCAAGCUCAUGUGAGGCAACUGGAGAACCAGUCCGACAGUCUGCAGGCUCAGAUUCUGGCUCUUCAGAGGCAAGCUGCAUCACUCCAGGAGAGCAACACGGCCCUGCAGACACACAACGCAAACCUGCAGGUGGAGAAGUCGACGCUGAACUCACAGAGCGCCUCCCUCAUGGCGCAAAAUGCUCAGCUGCAGCAGCAGCAGUCCGGGAUGGAGGCGGAGCGGGAGAACGCGGUGCGUGAGCGUGACGAGCAACGUGGUGUCCACGAGCAGCUGCUGCGUGACCACGAGCGGCUGGCGGCCCUUCAUGAACGACAGGCCAUGGAGUAUGAGACCAUGUUGGGGAAACACGGCUGUCUGAAAAACGCACAUCGCACACUGGAGCUGGAGCACCGCACCCUGCAGGACAGGUACAACAGCCUGCUGCAGCAGAGGUCCAAGCUGGAGGAGCUGGAGAAAGCUCUGAAGGAGGAGCAGAUGAGGAUGGCCCUGGAGAAGGAGCAGCACAGAACUAGCGCUGCAGAGUGCUGUCGUCUGCGGGACGAGAAGGACUGGUUGAACCAAACGUACCGCCAGCUUCUGAACGACAACGAGGUUCUGACCGCGGAUCACAAGCAGCUGAAGAGCGAGCUGAACGAAGCCAAGCUGGAACACACCUGGCUGGAGGCCGACUUCAACAAGCUGAAGAAGGAGUACCAGCAGCUGGACAUCUCGUCCACCAAACUAACCAAUCAGUGUGAGUUGCUGAGUCAGCUAAAGGGAAACCUGGAGGAAGAGAAUCGACAUUUGCUGACUCAGAUUGAGACUCUGAUGCUCCAGAACCGAACCCUCCUGGAGCAGACGAUGGAGAGCAAAGAUCUGUUCCAUGUGGAGGAGCGCCAGUAUAUUGACAAGCUCAACGAUCUGAGAAGGCAGAAAGAGAAGCUGGAGGAGAAGAUCAUGGACCAGUACAAGUUCUACGAGCCGUCGCCUCCUCGCAGGCGAGGCAACUGGAUCACCCUGAAGCUGAAGAAGUUGAUCAAGUCCAGCAGCCGCGAGCACGGCCUGGAGAACACAUCCACGAGCGCCGAGGGCAACGAGCCACAGCUAUAUAGCGGCACCAUCGUCAGCUCUGACGGCUCCACCUCAGCGGGGGAAGUUGUCUCACCCCAGCACCGCAGCAGCGCCCUGAAACUGUUUCCACGUAUGAGGAGCAGGCAGAAGAACCGAGGCAGAGUCAAGACUCUGUUCCAACGUUCCAUGUCACUGAGCAGCUUGGUGUUCCCCUCUGGCCCGUCUGAAGAGGAGCGAUGGUCAGACGAGCAGCUGGAAGGGUCGGGGGCUGACGUGGAGGAGGACACUAAAGACACAUUGACCCCAUCCCUCACCACAUCUAUCAUCUCCAUCCACCACCCUCAUCCCACCUCGUCACCAUCUGGCUGCACCACGAGCUCUGGAGCUGAUGUUCCAGAUGUUACUGAGCUCUGGGUCACAGACAAGGAUUCCAACGAUAGCGCGGCACCAUCUGGACCCGAGGACAACGAUGAGCCGCAGAAUCACGGAGUCAGUGGGGUCCAGAGUCGAGCACAGAGUGAGAGCAGCGGAGAGUACAGCCUGAGUCUGGACAGUGAGCCCUGGUCAAACAACAGCAGCCCAGUCCAACAGCUGCCAUCACAGCAAUCUUGUGACAGCGCCGCCUCUCUGGACCCGUCAGACAAAGUGAAGGCCUCCACGUUACCCAUCGCCCGGAGCCAGGAGCACACACCAAAAACCAGAACCUCCACGCCAAAUCAGGACUUCUGGCUCACCAGGGGCACAAAGAGCAUCAGGAGGGGAUCCAAGGCUAAACUGAUGCGUCAGUCAUCAGAAGCAGCAGGCGUGGUGGCGGAAAAUCCCGAGCUUAAAGUCGACGCUCACACUGCAGUCAGCGCUCCCAUCACUGUGCUGUACGUGCAGGGGAAGUCCUCCUCUAUGUCGGGGUGUCUCAACUGCUUCUCCACCCCACUGACAAAGGAAGGUCGAGUUCGGGGGGUCAGCUCGACCAAAAUGCUCCCUCGUGCCAGCAGCGUCAUUUCGACGGCUGAUGGCUCGUCGCGCCGCUCCAGCGUCAACAGUGACUGCAGAGUGGAGCCUGACUCCCUCUCGGAGAACACCAGCAGCACUGAUCCACCUGUGAACCAGGAUCUACAAUCGGGUCCCGUCCCUCCUGUUAAACCCCCUAGAGACCCCGCUCUUAUAGACUCUUCUGACUGUCCCAAAUCCCCCGUGCAGGAGUCGCUCAUGGGCUCUUCAUUUACUUUUAACUCUGUCUUUUCAAACACAAUCUUCAGCGAUUCCGUUGUCACAACUGCAACUCAUCUGGAGCAGCACUGUCAGACUCUUCACACUCAAGAAACUCCGGGAGACUCCUCGCAAACUCAGCAACCAGACACCGACAAAUGUGUCAUAAAUGCAUGAAGAUGACUGAGCUCCACACUAAAGACUUGCACGUCAUGUCCUGAUCAUUCCAGAGUUCAGGUUACUGUUCACACUCUCCCUUUACACAGACUCUCUGUUGUACACAUCUAAGCGGUAGCUUCUCGUGACACUACCAACUUCUGUGUUUUCCUCCGUCCUCUGUUACAAAAACACUGCACUGUUUCAUCCUUGAUUCAUGUUUCUACUUGUAAGCAGGACAAAAUGUUAUUUAUUUUAGAUCAUCUGUGUAUUUAUAUUUCAAUUUUAUCUAAGUUUUGUGAAAAAUUUAAAAGCUUUGUUGAUGCAUUUUGUAAUGACCAGUAGAAUUCAUGUCACAACUUCAACCACCUAGAUGUACAACCUAUUUUUCAUAUUUUACAACAAUAUAUUGAGUCAUUCUGUUCUCCUCUGCUCCCUAUAUCCUUGAGAUAAAAAAGGUUUAAUGGGUAUAAGAGGUCACCAUGGCUUCCUAAGAUACAUGUUUUUGACCAAAUUGUACUCAGACACACACAUUACAUAUAUUAUUUUCCGGAGGGUAAAGUGCUGUCGUCAAAUGUUAUCAGUCAAUAAAUGUAACGAGAAACAAUAAAGUUUUAUUUCAGAUG